AUGGGUCUACCGUCUGUCUUGAUCGCAUCUGCGCACGAGAUCGUCGUUACUGUGCGCAAUACGACGGUGUUCGUCCUUCCUUCAAGCGCUUCGUCAACGCCAAAAAGAAUGCUGCAGUUUGUGGUAUUGCAGAGCGCAGACGGUGCAGAGGAAGCGUCAGCAGUUGCUCACAAAGACGACGCCGAUGACGAGGUCGAGAAGUCGCAGCCAUUAGAUCCCAAACUCAAGCGCCGAGUUACGGCCGUGGAAGUUUUUCGACCGUUCAAUUCGGACCUAUUUGCACUACUACUGCUAGUAGAUGAGCGACGGCUGAUGCAUUACGAGCUGGACUUGUCACAUGAGACGCUCGUGCUCAAGACGUCCCGCCUCGUGCCUCGAAACGCCACGUGCAUGACUGUAAGUCAUCUCAAGCUGGAAAAUCAACAGAUGAAGUACGCAGUCAUCUUAGGCCAAAAAACAGGCGAGGCUGUGGCUGUGCCUUUUCCGGACGUAGACCGAGACCUCCGGAUGCUGCUGGGCCACACGACGUCGAUGAUCACCCACGUAGCUGUAAAUCACGACUCGUCACUGCUACUGACGGCUGAUCGGGAUGAAAAGCUGCGCGUGUCGAGGUUCCCGAAUGCUGCUAUUAUUGAGAGCUACUGCCUGGGCCAUAAGGCUAGUCUCACCAAGGUGGCCUGUAGUGCAGUCACGCCGGACCUCGUCGUGUCGACGUCCAUGGACAAUACGAUAAAGUUAUGGAACAUGGGAAUAGGAAAGUUGCUGGCAUCUGAGACGCUGCUUCCAGGCUUGGAAGUGUCCGUUAAACCUCUUGAUAAGGUUGCCGAUGAGGAUGACGAUGGUCACAAAGCAGCCACCAGUUUGCUGAAUGUGUCGCUAGCGAUUUGUCCCAAGACGAACGUUGUGGCUGUGCUUGUGAACUUUCGACACGUGCGAUUCUUCGGAAUCGUGGCGCACGCCCUUGAAGAGGUGACUGUUCCUGAUGAGGACCUACAGGGGCUGCGGAUACACGAACCUUGUGACCUAUUGUUCACUGACAACGGAAUGCUCGUGGUGUCGUACAAGAAGGACCCGUUUUUGCAGUUGUUCUCCAUGUCAAAUGAUAAGCGACUCAUACUUGCUGAGUUCGCACCUGAUGUGUUUAAAGACUUUCGAACCACCGCUGCUGCAAUUGUGCUGCGCGAUAACGAGGGGAACAGUCUAGACGUGCUUGACAAUGGCAUGAUUAAGAAGAAAGCGCGCACAAGCGAGUGGAACAAGACGGCGUCCGGGCAGAAGUGA